AACCUGGCACGUGGAAUCGAAGUUGGUGAGGAAGCGGCCUUGAAAUAGCAGCAUUUUAGAGCAAUGGAGACCUUGUCGCCCUUUAUGAAGGCGGUCUUGUUGUGGUUGGGUCUGUGCACUCGUUUUGUGUCUGUGAGGACGACGACGCCAGCUCCCAAAGAACAAAUGUGUCCUCAACAUCAAAAGACUGACCCAAACGAUGUGAACGAGAGAAUUAAAAAGUUAUCGGGGCAAAAGAUUUACUUUGCAGACGAUGAUGACUAUUCAUAUAAAAUAUCAAUCUGUAAGCAAGGUGCUUCAGACACCGCUGCAGUUCAGCAACAUGGCGUGAAGUGGAAAGAAUCAGAUUGGAAGGUAAUAGGAACCUUCCGUGGUGCCCAUGUUACUGGAGGAACGGACUGGCUGAUGAUAAAAUACUUCCAUGGAGAGCCGUAUAAACACCACUGCAAAAGCUUAGAAAGAAUUAGUAUUGUGUUAAUGACAUGUGACCCAGGGGUUGAGAGGGGAACCAUGCGUGUCAUUGAAGAAUAUAGGAACCAAAGUAGCCCAGAUGAUCCAGACAACCCGCUGGAAUGUUACUACCUGUUUGAACUUAAUAAUGAUGCAGCAUGCACAGCGAAGCCAAAGCACUUGAGUGCUGGAUCCAUUAUGUUGAUAAUAUUGAUAGUUGUGGGCUCCAUUUACUUAAUUCUUGGUUUCUUGUACCAAAGAUAUAUGGUUGGUGCUAAAGGAAUGGAGCAGAUACCUAACUACAACUUUUGGAAAGACUGCGGAAGUCUGCAAGCUGAUGGAUGUAAUUUUAUGUGUCGGUGUUCAGAGUCAAGCCCAACAAGAUACAAGGCAAUGGAUGAUGCCUUAGCAGAUGAUGACAGAGAUGAUACAUUGCUUCCAAUGUAGAGACUUUUUUUAUAUACUCUAUAUAAGUCACAUAAUUUUGUGUGUACAUUUAAAUGUACUGAUGAUAAUCCUCACCUUCUGUCAUUUGGAUAUAAUGAUUUGUUGUGGAAAAUAUGGGGGAGAGGAGGAGAUGUCCUUGAUUUGUAGCAGGAUCUGCUUAUUAAAUGGUGAAGUUGCA